GCUUUCCAGUCGCUCUGUCUUCAACUAUGGACGUGGAGAUGAAAACCAAGGACGACAUUGACGACAAGGACCUCCGCGAGCGGGACAGAGACAGGGACAGGGAUGUUGACCGCGACAGAGACAGAGGGGGUAGGCGCGAUCGAGACGUGAAGGACAGGGACAGGGACCGUGAUAGGGAGAGAGAUCGCGAUAGGCGCGACUCCGCAGCACGUCGCAGAAGUGAUCACUGGGAGCCUGAGGAACGACGGAACGGCGAUCGUCGCCGGCGGUCGAGGUCUAAGUCGCGCUCUCGUUCCCGGAAGCGCUCCACCUCCCCACGUAGACGUUCUCGUCGCUCUCGCUCUCGGUCCAAGUCUCUUCGUUCUCGUUCUCGCUCUCACAGCCGUGACCGCAGACCCGCAGAUUCGUUUGCUCGCUCGCUCGGAGGUCCCAUGAACGCGCCACACGAAGAGGCUGUCGAGUUCGCCAAAGUCAGCAAGCGCGAAAACCGGGUCUACGUCGGCAACCUCAGCUACGACGUCAAGUACAGGGACCUGAUGGAAUUCAUGAGGGGAGCUGGUGAGGUGCUCUUCGCCGAAGUACUUAUCACGCCAACCGGCGUCUCGAAGGGAUGCGGCAUCGUCGAAUUCACUUCUCAAGAGGACGCUCAACGUGCGAUCCGUGAGCUCUCUGAGCAACCUUUACUUGGGCGUCCGGUCUUCAUUCGCGAGGAUCGUGAAAACGAGUCACGAUUUGGUGCUACUCCUGUCCCAGGUAAGAUAGGUAUGGCAAUGGCUGGACAGGGUCUGCACGCUGCACCGCCUCCGCGUCCACCCCACCACAACUACUUCGCCGCUGGCACUAACCCAGGAAAUCAGCUAUAUGUGGGCAACUUGCCCUACCAAGCUGGUUGGCAGGACUUGAAGGACUUGUUCCGCUCAGCUGGCAACAUCAUUCGCGCUGAUAUCAACAUUGGCGCGGAUGGUCGUCCUAAGGGCUCUGGCACUGUCAUUUUUGAGACAGCUAAGGAUGCCCAGCAAGCCAUUGGCAUGUAUAAUGGCUUCGAGUGGUACGGUCGUACCCUUGAGGUUCGAGAGGAUCGCUACGCCGGCCUCUCGGGGCCAGGUGCCUACCGCGGAAGUUUCCGCGGCGGUCUUCGCGGAUUCCGAGGGGGAGGCUUCCGGGGAGGCUUCAGAGGCGGUUUCCGCGGCGGCUAUCCCGGAGGCCCUGGAGCGGGCACUGGCCGCGACUUCUCUGACAACCUCUACGCCGACUACUCCGGUCCCGAUCAGGCUACAAGCGGCGGAAUGCAUGCAUACGGUGGUGCAGGGUAUGGUGGAGGGUACGGUGCCGGUGCUGGCUAUGACGCCGAGCCCAGCCAACAGAUUAUGGUUCGCAAUCUACCAUGGUCCACCGCGAACGAAGACCUUGUUGAAUUGUUCGAGACGACGGGCCAAGUUGAGCUUGCCGAGAUCCUCUUCGAGGGCACACGCUCCAAAGGCUGUGGUGUUGUUCAGUUCGGACAGGUCCCCGAGGCUGAGACUGCAAUCGCUAAAUUCCAGCAAUACAUGUACGGCGGCCGACCGUUGGACGUCCGGUUCAACGACCGGUGGCACACCUUCUCUCCCGGUGCCGCCAAAGGCGGUCAGAACGUGCCCAUGCAGGCCGACGCUUAACUCUUUCGAUCUUCUAUUAUUCGUACAUGACCGUGUUGCUGUCCCCUAUGUCCUCUCCGCUCUUACACUGAAAAACUUAAAAGCUGAUGUGCUAUAUGGUACGAUAUCGCAGUGGGGUAGCUAUCCUGCGUUUUACUUGUUAUCAUUACCUUAUCGAGAGGUGUACGUUACGGCACGCCGAACGAU